GUAGAUAUUCCGACGUUUAUACACGUACUCGAGCCACGACACGGCACAGUACAGCACAGGUGUCUCAACAAUAUAUCAUCCCUACCGAAGCUUGACCUUUGCUUCGGAAUAGUCAUCCGUACGUAACCAAUUUUGAGAAGGAGCAUGACGAUCCAGACCCGCAAUCCAAACCUCGAGCGGCGAAGUCUCUCAUCCUAGCAUCCUUCCGGGGUAAACCCCAGUACCCUCCAUCGGAAGGCACCAAGAUAAUCAAUUACUUGCAUAAUAUUCCUACCCAAACACCAAAAUAUUUCCUCGUGGUGCAUUUCAACAUUCUCCGCCCCAUUGUAGGUUGGCAUUCAACACUACCCUAACCUACAAUCUUUCACACUUCGUCCGCCGCCAAUAUGUCUUCUCUCGAGGCCAAGAUCGUCGUCCUCGGCUCCCAAGGCGUCGGCAAGACGUCCCUAGUAACGCGGUACUGUAAAGGCGCCUUCAAUCCCGCACAAACAACAUCCACCGUCGGUGCUAGCUUCAUGACGAAGCGAGUCGUCGACGGCGACACCGAUACAGUCGUCCGUCUCCAGAUAUGGGACACAGCCGGACAGGAACGCUUCCGCUCGAUCUCGCGGUUAUACUACCGAGGCGCUAAUGCCUGCAUCCUCUGCUACAGCAUAACCGACGCCCAGUCCUUUGCCGAGAUGGGUAUGUGGCUAACCGAACUGCGACGCAACCUCCCGCCCGAUAUUGUCUUACACGUCGUCGGUACGAAAGCCGAUAUCGUCGCCCGCGACCCCACGCGUCGUGAAGUACCUUUCGAACGCUGCAUAGCAUACGUUGCGGAGAACCUAGCCCCCGGAUUGGGCUCGACACCACCGCCGACUGCAACGCCGAGUGGCCUUACGGGACUGCCGCCAGGGCCGGGAGCGAGUCAAUCAAGUGUGGGUGGCACACCGGCAGCGUCGAGCAACCAGGAGCCGCGGAGCCCUAGUAGCAAGCGGAGCUCCGGUUUCUGGGGACAAGAAGUGGGCUGGGAUGCAUGUCAUGAGAUUAGUGCGGAGAGCGGAGAGGGUGUCGAGGAGGUCUUCCGGGUCGUAACACGUAAACUCGUCGAGCAGAACCGCAAGAUCCAACAAGCUGUCCUGGCCGCUACCGCUACACCCGGUACGCCAGGCUACGAGAGUGGCAGCGGUGGAGUUGACGGUGGCGGAUACUUUGACGGCAUAAACCCCCGUGGAAGUGGUUACGGCUACGGCGGUAGUGGACCAGGCGGUGGAGGUAGUUUCCGAGUUGGAAGGGACCGCCGUAGUUGGCUUUUCUCGUCCCCGGGUUUCUCGCCUGCUGUUACCGUUGAGAAUGCGGUGAAUGGAGCGGAACACCUGGGACGACAGGACGAUGAUAUCGAGAGAAGAGGACGGAAGUGUUGUUAAUCAUGGUCAACCUCCAUUUUAUGGCGUCUAGUGAUACGUCACGGGUAGCGAUUUGCGCGUACGAGAUGUCCUGAAAAAUGGCAUUCUCCAAGUUACCAG